AUGAUUCGAAGCGUUUCUAAUUUCUGUCGUUCGACAUAUCUUGUGAAUCACAUGGUACGUUGUGCAUCAUCAGCACCACCUACUGGGAAGAAUAUCAAGACUUUUGAGAUUUACCGUUAUAAUCCGGAAAAACCUGGUUCACAGCCACACUUGCAGAAAUUUGAUAUCGAUUUGAAUGAUUGUGGUGCAAUGGUUUUGGAUGCACUUAUUAAGAUUAAAAACGAAAUUGAUCCUACUCUCACUUUCCGACGAUCAUGUCGUGAAGGUAUAUGUGGUUCAUGUUCAAUGAAUAUUGAUGGCCAAAACACAUUAGCUUGCAUUUGCAAAAUUGACAAGGAUACAAGCAAAUCUACAAAAAUAUAUCCUUUGCCUCACAUGUUUGACUUGAUACCAGACAUGAAUCUGUUCUAUGCUCAGUAUGCAUCAAUUGAACCUUGGCUAAAGAAAAAAACCAAGCUAGCGAUUGGUGAGAAGCAGAUGUAUCAGACAGAAAAAGAACGUAAUAAAUUGGAUGGGUUGUAUGAAUGUAUUCUUUGUGCUUGCUGCAGCACAAGUUGUCCAUCGUAUUGGUGGAAUGCAGAUAAAUAUCUUGGACCUGCUAUCCUACUUCAGUCUUAUAGGUGGAUGAUUGAUUCUCGAGAUGAUUAUGCUAAUGAGCGUCUGUCGAAAAUACAUGACCAUUAUAGUGCUUUCAAAUGCCACACAAUUUUGAAUUGCACUAAAACAUGCCCUAAGCAUUUGGAUCCAGCAAAAGCAAUUGGGGAAAUUAAAAAGCUUCUUAUCGGCUUCGAAAAAAAACCGACGCCAGUUCCCGCCCCAGCUAAUUUCUGA